UGAGGGGCACAAUUCGGCUGCUUGGAAUCGGACCCGGCAUCUUCUCUCUGUCGCUGUGAGCGCCAGUUGGUGGGUCUACUAUUUCGGUCCAUCGCACCGUUUUGAGACUGCCUUUAGGUCUGGUUUCGUCUUCUUCGGCGUCCCUCUCAUCCCUGCGCUAAAGGAGGAACCAAAGAGAAAUGGCGGCGAUCACGAGCGCGCUCAUCGCGAUCGCGGGAGUGGUGCUGGGCUGGAUCGCCAUCGAGAUCGCUUGCAAGCCCUGCCUCGAACGCGGCCGGGAAGCCAUCGACCGGUCCCUCAACCCCGAUUACGACCCCGACGACGAUCGCGACGGCACUGCCCGGGCCCCUCUGAUCGCCCCCAACCCUAGCCCUGAUCCCGUGGAUUCAGAUCCGAAGCGCGUCGACGAUGCUCCCGCUGUCCCUUCCAAGAUCGCGUGAUCAAUCGCUCGCCGCUCGUACGGGUUUCGGCAAUCGGUCCGAUCCGUGAUUUGUGUUUCUGCUCCGAUUCGAUCGUCUCUCUCCCUUUUGCUGUGAUUUUGUUGUCUGGGUAUGUAGUCUCUGUGCAAGUUGAAAGGAAGGAAGAGGAUGGAAGAUGUGCAUUUGCUUUUGAUUUCA